AUGGCCCUCUCCUCGUCGUCGUCCCGAGCGGCGCACACGAUCCCCAUCUCGCAACGCCUUCCCCCGACCCUCGUCCAGCGCGCCCACCUCGUCCUCUUCAACGCCUCGUUCCUCGCCAUGAUCCUCGUCCUGCACGCCUUCCAGCUGUGCGCCAUCCCCUCCCGCACGGGCAAGCGCCUCGCAAAGGAGGCGUUCGGCAGCGUCCUCGUCGCCAUCGUCGCCCUCUUUGGCCCGUCCAAGCUCGUCAUCACCGUCCAGAAGGACGACGGACCCGGUGGCGUCGCGCUCGAGGACCUCGUUGUGCGCGACGCGAGGGGCAAGGUCGUCCGCCUGCGGCUCGACCGCGAGGCCGUCCUCGUCUCGAACCACCAGAUGUACGCCGACUGGAUCUAUCCCUGGAUCGCCAUGUCUUACGCCGGCGUUGCCAACGGCCUCGUCAUCGUCCUCAAGGCGUCGCUCGAGUGGGCCCCUCUCGUCGGUUUCGCCAUGCAGCUCUUCCGGUUCUGCUUCAUCAACAACACGACCAAACCGCUCGACAAGUCGAACCUGGUCCCGGUCGCGCGAGAGGCGAAACGGCGCGGCGAGCCGUACCAGUGCCUCCUGUUCCCCGAGGGCACCCUGUACUCCAAGUUGACGAGGCCCAAGAGCAAGGCGUACGCUGAGAAGGUCGGCAUCCCCGACACGACGCACGUCCUCCUCCCUCGAGCGACCGGCCUCCACCACACCCUGACGGCGCUCUCGGCCGCCCCGGGCGCGCCGUUCCCGUCCCUCACCCUGUACGACCUCACGAUCGGGUACGCCGGCGUGCCCGCCCAGGGCUACGCCCAGGACUACUACCGCCUCCAGACCCUGUUCGGGUACCGCGUCCCGCCGCCGACGGUCCACGUGCACGUGCGGCGCGCGCGCGCAGCGCACGACGUGCCGCUCGACGACCGCGCCGAGUUUGACACGUGGCUCCGGCGCAGGUGGGACGACAAGGACCGGCUCAUGGCGCACUUUGGCGAGCACGGCCGGUUCGAGGGCGCAGAGGGGGUCGGGGACGAGCGCGCAGAGCUCGACAUCCGGUUGAGGGCGGUCGACUUUGCGCGCAUGGGCGUGUGCGUCGCGACCGUGUGUGUCGCCGUGCGGGCGCUGUGGUGGACGUGGAGCGCGGUGGGGAGCGUCAAGGGUGGUUGAGCGGGUCGAGCGCACUCUCUUUCAAUCGCAGCACUGCCAUCCUUUGCCUCUCAA